AUGUCUGACAAACCGGAUUUUGCAGAAAUUGAAACGUUUGAUAAAACCAAACUGAAAAAAACUGAAACUAGAGAAAAAAAUCCAUUACCUACUAAGGAAACUAUCGAACAGGAAAAGCAAAACAAAAAUACACCUUGA